AUGCAACGCAUAGCAUUAGCACUUGAAUCAGCUAGAGAUUUAACUUUAGAAGCAGCAGUAGCAGCUUCGUCAAGACUGGGAGAGUCGUCGUACUUUCGCUAUUCUAAGUCGAUAAAUUCUGAAUCAUUACCUGCUUUAUUAAAUUCCAGAUAUGAUAAGGAAGUCAAUGAUGGUAUGAAAAGGAUUAUGAACUUAAUGGCCAGUGAUGAACCUGAUAAUUUGGAGGAUUAUUUUGCCGAUGUUGUUAAGAAUAUUGGUUCUGAUAACGUUAAGGUGAAAAGAAUGGUAUGUAUUUAUUUACUUCGGUAUUCUGAAGCAGAUCCAGAUUUAGCACUAUUAGCUGUCAAUUCUAUCCAAAGGAAUUUGUCAGAUCCAGAUCCAGAAGUUAGAGCGUUAUCUCUCAGAAUUUUAUCAGAUAUGAACAUUCCUUCCUUGUACCCUAUUAUAUUGCAUUCAUUAUCGAAACUUAUUAUCGAUUCUAGUGAGAUUGUACGUUCUCAAAUCGCAAUGACUUUGCUAAAAUUAGCCAAGAGACGAGGUGAAUCCAUAUAUGAUGAAAUAAAGCCUACUUUAGUUGACUUAUUGGCGGACUCAGAUUAUUCUGUUUUAUCCUCCGCCCUGAUUUUAUUACAAAAUGCAUUCCCAGAGGAGUUACAUUUGCUACAUGGAAACUAUCGUAGAUAUUGUAAUAUAAUUGGUGAAUUAAACGAAUGGACGCAGCCUAUAAUUAUAGAAUUGUUCAUUCGUUAUAUCAAGACGUUUUUACCGAAACCUAUGGUUACCGAUAAUUCUUCAGAUUCAGAAGCCAUACCACUGCCUGAUGAAUUCAAUCGAAUACCGUUCCCGGUUUAUCAUGUAGAAUAUGAUCCAGACAUCGAAAUUUUUUUAAAUGCAUUGGAGUCACUAAUUUACUCUCCUAAUCCUACUGUUGUUGUGUCUGUUUCGAAAGCUUUUUAUCAGCUCACUUGCCCCAAAACUGUUAAAGAAUCUGGAAUAGUGGAUUCCUUAUUACGAAUAAUAUCGUCUGCAUAUUCUUCAAAUGAAGUGAAGGAAAAAACUCUUGAAUCAAUUUUGUUAUAUGCUUAUUAUGAUCCAUCUUUAUUUAUCAUUCAUUACAAGAAGUUCUUUUUAUUGCUUUCAGAUUCAGAAUCUGUAUCACUAUUGAAAUUAAAGAUUCUGUGUUUUAUGAUCAAUGAUAGUAACUGCAAAUGUAUUUUCAGUGAAUUAAAGUUUCAAGUCAAUGCACAGGUAAGCUCUGAUGUCGUUGUCGAAAUCACAAACACAAUUGCCGCAUGUGCACAAUUAUCUUUGAAAUGGUCCUCAAAAAUUAAAUCUUGGUUAUUAGAUCAAAUAAGUUUAAACGCUCGGGCAGAUAAAAAAGUGGUUGCCUCUCAGAUAAAUGCUCUGCGCUUUUUGAUUCAGAGGGACCCUAUAAAACACAUUGGUACAGUCAUCAAAUUGUCGAAAAUGGUGAACACCUUCGAUUUGAUUCCCAGCGCAAAAGCCGGUCUCAUUUGGCUGAUUGGAGAGUACGUUCAGAUUGAGCCUCGUGUUUGCCCAGAUAUAUUACGUUUGCUAAUACCUAAUUUUUCAAGAGAACAUUCCCAGGUAAGAUUACAAAUACUGAUCCUCGCUGCAAAAUUACUUUCAUGCGAUAUUGAUAAAGCAGACGAUAAAUCUGAAUACGAUUUUAAAAAUUCUCGUAUUGCUCAAAUGUUUGAAGCUGUUUUAUAUUUGGCUAAAUUUGAUGACGAAUAUGAUAUUAGAGACAGGGCUCGCAUGCUGAUGUCUAUUUUUCAAAACGAACGAUACGAAAUAGCUACACUAUUGCUCCAAGUGCCGAAACCUUACCCAUUGGUCUCAUUAUCAUGUUGGAACGAACCCCAGUUAGAUAUUUCUUUAUUAAGUUUAUCUCCUGAGAUAGAAAGAUAUCACUCCAGCAUUCCGUGGAAUGAUAAUAUACCGGAAUCUAGUAGAACGCCUACGGAUGUUAAGGAUUACUCUAAGAUAAAAACUAGUUUUUCUUCUAGCUCUUAUUUUGGAAAUUCUACGGAAGAUUCGUAUCUGCAUACUAAGAACAAUAAUAGCUCUCUCCCUCGUGAGCGCACAAAUACAUUCACAUCAUCACAGGGAAAGAAAUACCAGCUUCAGAGUUUAGAUGAAUUUUUUUCAGAUAUUUCAACUACACCCCUAAAAGAGAGAAGAAGAAUCAUAGUUGAAGAGGAAAGUAGUGGUGAAGAAGAUGAAGAAGAUGAAAAUGAGUUUAGUGAAAGUUAUGAGAAUUCUGAAGAAACAGAUGAAUCAUCAUCCUCGGAGGAUUCUAAUUAA